AUGGCUAAGCGAUUUGCGGGAUCCCAGAUCACGCGGGAGACUUAUGAGCAGAGUGCUUCGGACUCUGAGGGCGAGACGGGCAGCGGGCCCAAGUUGGCGUCUGCGUUGACCAUGCAGAAGAGGAAAAUCGCGAUGCCCAAGCGCAAAACGUCAUCCGCCAGCGGCGGCGCGGGCUUCGGGAAUGCAUUUGCAUUUGUGAAGAGAGCGGGGGCGGCUCCCGGUGCGGAGGAGGCGGCGCCUGCGCCGGCGACCGCGCCGGCGGGGGAUCAGCAGGCCAAGCUGCAGGCGCUGAACAUGCAGUUCCACGAGAAGGUGAUGCAUGCAGUGCGCGAGGACCCGUUUGUCAAUUUGACGCCCGCGCUGGAGAAGUACAAGAAGUACCUGUCGAGCAUUGGCGUCCUCUCGGUCGGCAUGGAGGAGGAGCGGGAGGGCAAGUAUGCUACAGUGAUCAAGCACGACGUGGGGAUGGCGUGCGCAGGCGGCGCCAAGCAGGCUGAGGAGGAUGACUCUGAUGCGAUGAGCGAAGAUGAGGUCAAACCGGUGAAGGUCGAGGGCCCCAAGUUCGUGCUGGCCCAGGGACCUACCACGAAAAACCCUGUGUUUUCGUUUGGCACGAAGAAGCAACAAAAGAAGGAGGACAGCGACAGCGAGGAUGAGAUCGAGGUGAAGGGCCCGACCUUCACUGUCAGCGGUAACGUCUCCAGCGGGAUAUUUAAGCUUAACAAAGACAGCGCGGAAAAUAAGGCAGAGCAAUCCGCGCCGAUCUUCAGUACAAAAAGCGAUGAAAAAUCAAGCAGCGCGGCUGUGACCGCGUUUGGGGGCGCCGCUGCGCAGGAGGCUAGUCUCAACGGUACUACUCCAACCAAACCUGUGUUCACCUUUGGAGUUCCAAGUGAUAAGAAACCUGAAGCCGCGAAGCCUUCCUUCAGCUUUGGGUUUUCGGCCUCCACGCAGGCGGAUAAGACCGAGAAGGCAGAGAAGCCGGUGUUCAGCUUUGGUGUAUCAGCAAAUCAGCAGAAUGACAAGGAAGAUAAACCACGCUUCACUUUUGGCACGGCAGCAGAAAAGAACGUGGAGAACAGCAAACCCACAUUUGGUGCUCCUACAAGUGACGCAAAACAGGGCGUUACUUCCAAGCCAGCCUUCCAGUUUGGAACGGGUACGACAAACACCGCUGCCACGCCAUUCGGUGUCAAGUUGCCGGUUGCUGAUCAAUCGAAGCAGCAGAACAAACCCCUCUCGUUUUCGUUUGGGUCUUCAACAGCUUCCUUGGCACCUUCCUUCUCCUUUGGAGCGAAACCAGCGGAUGCUUCCCAGCAGCCGGCGGGGGACUUCAAGUUUUCCCUACCAUUCGCACAAGACUCAAAGACGUUGACUACAGAGAAUAUAGAGCAAACAGGCACGGAAGAGGCUACUGCCGCACAUGAAGGUGCCAAUGACCAGGCUCAAACAGGGGAGCCUGAAUCGGAAGGCAUUAAGAUGACCAAUGGCGAAGAGAAUGAAGAGGUACUAUUCUGCGAGAAAGCCAAACUACUCAUAUUCGAUUCGGAUACUAAGGGCUACACCUCCCGCGGUGUAGGAGAGCUAAAGCUCCUGCGGAAGAAGGACGACAAGGGUAAGGUGAGGGUUCUUUGCAGAUCCGAGGGUAUGGGUCACGUAUUGCUCAAUACGAGCGUUGUGAAGAGCUUCAAAUACCAGCCAAUCGACGCCGACAAUGAAAAUCUCAUCAAAUGGCCUAUUAUUACAGACGGAAAGCUAGAGACUUUUAUCAUAAAGGUAAAACAAAAGGCUGAUGGCCGCCGGUUGGUUGGUGCCGUGGCCGACGCUCAACAAGCUAUGUAA